CUCUCCUCAGCCCGUCAGUCGUCUGUCAGCUCACCGGAGAGAAAAUCAAUGAUUUAGCAGAAGUUUGUCUUCAGCUGGAAGGCGGGCAGCAGACUGAGGUCAAAGUUUCCUGGAUUCUGGCGUUUUUUUGCAGUGAGCGACACCAUCAGCCCACCGUCCCUCCAGGAUGAGCGCCGAGCCUCCGCCGUACCGUCCUCACUUCCCUGAGGGACCCUCGGCCCCCGAGCGGGGAGGAGGAGGAAGGAGGGUGGAGCAGGGUGGAAGCAGGCUCACAGGCGGCCGUGACGCGUUCACAGGCGGCCGUGGCGCGUUCACAGAAGAAUUCACUCUCGCCUGUCAGCCUGGCGUCUUCCCCAGCUCUCCGUACCAGACCUUCCCUCAGUCCUAUUACCAUGAACAUCCAGGUUACAUGGCUCCGAUGACCCCACAGAGCACCUUUGGGACCCAGUCGGCCUACCAGGGCAGGCUCGACGGGCCCCCGGGGGCCUCGUACCCACCGAAACACGCAGUUUACAUGGUGGAUCAGCAGCAGGAUCAGGGCGGCGGCAGGAAGUCGUGUCUGGCGGCGUGCUCGACUCUCCUGUGCUGCUGCUGCCUCUGGGACCUGCUGACUCGGCACCUCUGCUGACCUCUGACCUCCUGUCACACAGCAGGAUGUAGACCUG